AUGUGCCUAGUUGAGGUGGAAAAAUCGCCGAAGCCAGUUGCCGCUUGUGCAAUGCCCGUUAUGAAGGGUAUGAGAGUUAAAACUAACUCUGAUCUCACAAGAAAAGCUCGGGAGGGUGUAAUGGAAUUUCUACUCGUAAACCACCCACUGGAUUGCCCAAUUUGUGACCAGGGUGGAGAGUGUGAUUUGCAAGAUCAAUCAAUGGCAUUUGGCUCUGAUAAGAGCCGCUUCACCGAUAUCCAUUUCUCAGGAAAAAGGGCCGUCGAAGACAAAGAUGUUGGACCCUUGAUCAAAACAAUUAUGACUCGCUGUAUCCAUUGCACGCGCUGUAUUCGAUUUGCAUCUGAAGUGGCGGGAGUUGAUGACCUCGGUACAACUGGCAGAGGUACAGAUAUGCAGGUCGGAACUUACGUCGAGAAAAUGUUCCUCUCGGAGUUGUCGGGUAAUAUCAUUGACUUGUGCCCCGUAGGGGCUCUCACAUCGAAGCCUUAUAGUUUCGCCGCACGACCCUGGGAAACUAGGAGGAUCGAUUCGGUCGACGUAUUAGACCCUUUGGGUAGCAACAUUGUAGUCGCGACGAGAACAAACGAAGUACUGCGUAUUCUUCCAAGAACUAAUGAGGAGAUCAACGAGGAGUGGUUGUCGGACAAGUCGCGGUUCGCGUGCGACGGGCUGAAGCGGCAGCGGCUGGUGACGCCCCUGAUGGCGGACAGCCGCGGGAACCUCACGCCGGUCGAGUGGGAGGACGCCAUGGUGGCCGCCGCCAGGGCGCUCCGCGGCUGCCCACCGGACAAGCUGUUGGCAGUUGCCGGCGACUUGGCCGAUGCGGAGUCGCUGGUCGCCCUGAAGGACCUGGUGAACAGGCUGGGCUCCGAGAACGCGUGCACCGAGCAAUACUUCCCGCUAGAGGGCGCCGGGAUCGACCUGCGCUCGACCUACCUCCUGAACACGGGAAUCGCCAACGUGGAAGAUGCGGACUUCGUGCUUCUCAUUGGUACCAACGUGCGGUUCGAGGCGCCACUGCUGAACACCCGCAUCAGGAAGGCGUUCAUGCACAAGGAGACGGACGUAGCGCUCAUCGGCCCUAAGGUCGACCUCACCUACGACUACACGCACGUGGGCGAGUCGGCGUCGCUGGUGCGCGAGCUGGCGACAGGCUCGUCGCCCCACGAGGUGGGCCAGCGGCUGCGACAGGCUCGUCGGCCGGUCGUCAUCCUCGGCGCCGACCAGCUCAAGGGGCCCGAGGGGCCGGCGCUGCUCGCGCACACGCAGGAGCUCGCCCUCCGCUUGCAGGAACAGCUCGAGGAUAAGAGCUGGAAGGUGCUGAACGUGCUGCAGCGCACCGCGUCGCAGGUGGCCGCCCUGGACAUCGGCUACAAGCCCGGCGUGGGGGCGCAGCUGUCCGCCGGCCCGCAGGUGGUCUACCUGCUGGGGGCCGACGGCGGGGUGGUCACCCGCGACGCGCUGCCCAAGGACGCGGUGGUCAUCUACCAAGGCCACCACGGCGACGCGGGCGCUUCGGUGGCGGACAUCGUGCUGCCCGGCGCCGCGUACACGGAGAAGCGCGCCACGUACGUGAACGCCGAGGGGCGCGCGCAGCAGACGCUGCCGGCCGUCACGCCGCCGGGGAAGGCGCGCGAGGACUGGAAGAUCAUCAGGGCUCUGUCGGAGGUGGUCGGCAAGCGUCUGCCGUACGACAACCUGGACGAGGUGCGCGACCGCCUCAGCCAGAUAAGCCCGGCGCUCGUGGCGUACGGCGAUGUCCAGGACAACAACUACUUCGCGCAGGCUCGAUCGCUCGCGCAGAGCCUCCAGAAGCCUCUGUCGGGUAAUCUCGACGUGAAAAUGAAGAAUCUGGAGGAUUAUUUCAUGACAGACGCCAUUAGCCGCGCAUCGCCCACUAUGGCGAAGUGCGUGCAAGCCGUUCUCAAACAGAAACAAUCCACCUAC